AUGUCUGCAACUCCCGUUGGUACUGGAACUCCUGUUGUUGGUGCUACCCCUGCUGUGAACCCAAAUGCACCGGUUCCAAACAUCAUGACUAAUCAUGCUGAAAGACCUGAAAAAUCUUCUGGUCUGAACUUCAAGAGGUGGCAACAGAAGAUGUUGUUCUACUUGACCACCUUGAACCUGGCUCGGUUCCUAACAGAAACUGCUCCUGUAAUUGCUGAGGGGCAGGCUGAUGCUCAAUCUGUGACUGCAGUGGAUGCAUGGAAGCAUUCAGAAUUUAUGUGCCGCAACUAUGUGUUGAAUGGGCUAACAGAUGCACUUUACAAUGUUUAUUGUAAAGUUGCAACUGCUAAGGAACUAUGGGAGUCGUUGGAAAGGAAGUAUAAGACAGAAGAUGUCGGAACUAAGAAGCAUGUUGUUGCUAAGUUCUUGGAAUACAAAAUGGUUGACUCAAAAUCUGUUAUGAGUCAAGUCCAAGACCUUCAGGUCAUCAUACAUGAUAACAAUGCAAAAGGGAUGGAUCUUAAUGAAUCAUUCCAAGUUGCAUCAAUGUUUGAAAAGCUUCCUCCUGGUUGGAUAGACUUCAAAAAUUACCUUAAGCAUAAGCGAAAGGAGAUGUCUGUGGAGGAACUGGUGGUGCGUCUUCGCAUUGAAGAAGACAAUAGAAUGGCUAUGAAGAAAGGUAGUGAAGUUGAAUCUUCUAAGGUUCAUAUGGUGGAAGCUGAUCAAACUUCCAAAAGCAAAGGCAAGGGACCUCACAAAGGGAAAGCAAAGGGCUAA